GAGCCGGCGAUGGCGGAGCGGGGCCUGGCGGCGCUGCCGCUGCCGCAGCUCCGGGCGCAGCUGCGGGAGGCGCGCCAUGCCAACGCCCUGCUCCGAACUGAGGCAGAAAUGUUUGAGAAAUGGUACCGUAAGAUGGAGCCGAGUGGCCCGUCACUGCGGCUGCUGUCCGAGAGGCGCGGGGCCCCGCCGGAGCUGACGCAGACACGUGGCAGGUACAAGUCCAAGUUGCACAGUGUGACAGACUGUAUUGCAGGCCUGACAGUGGAGCAGAAAUGUGAACUGGCUGAGCGGGAGCUGAGUGAGCUGAGGGAUGAAAUUCAGAGAAUGAAGGAGGACUCGGAGCAGACCUUGAAGAACCUCGAGGCAGUCAAUGAAGAAGCAGAUGUUUGGUGGACUGAUGUUAAGAAAGCAAUCAGUGACUUUGAGAACGACAUUGUCAGCACCAUCUCCAGAAGGAAAGGGAGUAUCAUAGCUUUUGAGAAGGUGCUGAGAUACAUGGAGGAGAAGAACCGCCAGAGGGAUCUGCUGAGAGAGAAGUUGCUCUUAAAAAACUAUUUGCUCAAGAGUUACAAGAAGAAGCUUCAGCAGCAGCUCAGGCAGAAGGAGAAGAUGGGAGAGACACUCCGCGAGGUCCGUUUGCAGCAGCUGCAGGUUAGAAAUGCCCAGUACCAGGAGAAGAUUGAUGGGAAGAACGAGGAGCUGCUGCAGCUAAAACUGACCUCAGGGAAGACUGUCCAAGUCCUCAACUUCUAUAAAAGGAAGCUGCAGGACGCCAUGGAAACGUCCACGUCUCUGAUGAAAGACAUCUCCCAGAGGAAAGAGCUGCUGGAGAAAAUGGAAAGAGAAGCUGCUCUGGUGGAGAAGCAACAAGCCGAAGCUGAGAGUGUGAAUCGGCAGCUGAGGGAGCAGCUCUCAGACUGCAGCGUCCCCCCCGUGCUGAGUUACAUGCAGAAGAAGAUGGACGUUACCGACCUCGAGAACAGCCUCAAGGCUUGGGAGAGGAAGGUGGCAGUUGCCGAGAUGUCCUUGCAAAGCUAUCGCAGAGCAUGGAACCAGGUCAAGAUGUCUGGGAACCAGCACUAGGCUUGUCUGAUGCUGCAAGGUGGGCAGUGGAAGCUGCAGGAGGAGCCAACCCUGUGGAGAAGUUUGCUGUCAAGUGGGUAAAUGUAGCUCCCUGCAAGCUGCAGUGAGAUGAAACUGCUUCUGCAUGAAAUGAUAAAGAAACCCAUGGCUCUGUUGUGAGGCCACCUUUUUGGUCUGUCCCAGCAUGUGCCGGCUUCCACCACGUUCUGCUGCCUGGCCCCUCCGCAUGCCCUGCUAGGUCAGCCGGCUCUGCUCUGGAUGCUUCACCCCUCCCUCCAUGACCACAAGCAGUUAUUCUCUGGUGAUCAAAUCUGACACGUUCACAGGAACUGUCCUUUCUCUCUGGGCAAGCACUGGUGAUCAGUUAAUGCAGGAGGAACCAGAGGGGAUUCUCUGGGAGAUGUAGGAGUUCAACAUCUCCAAGCAUGCACUGACAAUAGAGGAGAGCUAAGCAGCAUGAGCAUACAGGGCAAAUCAUUUCAACAUGGCAUGCAUGAACCAAGCAGGCUUUCUGAUCACAAAAAGACACUUCCUUUACCUAAAGAAAUGAAGCAGCAAGAAGGGAUCAGCUACCCUUUUCCCUAGUACCUGGGGCAAGUGUUAAGUGUCCCUUGGAGAUGGGAAGUGUUUUCCCACUGAAGGCGUUAUAAAUCAUUUUGGAGGGCCCAGCCUCAGGUCUCAGCGGAGGUCAGCGCUCUCAAAGAAGCAGGGCCUCCGUGGCAGCAACCGUGGGGAGCCCAGGACCCUCCCUGAGGCCAACCUGAGCCUCUUCCUUCGCCCGGAGGACCAGCUGCCUCCUUGCCACUGCUGCUGGGAGACGGGCAUCUCUCCUGAGGAACCACGGCCUCCCAGCAGCCUGGCUGCAACCUUGGAACUAAUGAGUUUUAAGCCCCGUGGUUAACGAAGCUGGCCUGACUGCACGGAGACAAAGCCCCAAGCCUGCCUCCAGCUCUGCCCACAGCAAGCUGAACACGGUGCUUCUGUGAGCUUGCACAAAGACUCCCUUGUGCAGGAGGGGAUCCGGCCAAACAAGUGAUCUCCUUGGCUGCAUGUCUCCUGGUACUCUAUCAUUUAUAUUAUUUUUCUGGAUUGUUCCCACUACCAAGGAAAAUUUAACAAGUAAAAGCAUCUGAUAAAAAUCUAUUGACUGGAGUAAAACACCAACCCAGCCAAACCAGUCUGUACAGUACGACCUUCACAGCCUUUGAGACAUGUUCAUUCGGUUUACCACCUAGAAAAACAAAUGCUGUGUGGUGCUUGCAACACUGCCUGUGUGGAGGCUUUGAUUCAAGCCUGUGUUACCAAAGCACAGGGAGAUGUUUGAGAGCCGGGUGCCGCUUCCUUCCCCAAGCCCGGUUCCCUGUUGUGCAAUGACAUAUUUCUUAAGUCAUCUCCUUGGCAUUUUGUGCUUCUUUUGUGUUUCAGGAUCACACUGCUCCCCUUGCUGCCGGCCUUAGCACUGAGGUCCUAACUCCUGGCUUCUGGUGACAACCCUUCUGGCUGGGUGCCCAAGCAGGAACGAUGCACCUUGUCUUUACUGAGGAAUCUGUGAGAAAACAACUUUUGGCCACUGGUGCCUUCAAGUCAUCUUACAGGAUUACUCACAGGAGGAGGAGAUGCUAUGUAGACCAAUGGCUCUUCCAGUUUCUGCCUUUAUCCCUGCCUGCAUCCAGCUAUACUGCCUCAUCCAUGUGAGGGUAAGAGCUCCCUGAAUUUUCUUGUGUGACAUAUCUCUGUUCUACCGCAGGUAAAGCUGCAGGAUGCCCGAAGACAUGACUGACUGAUAGAGCAUCCAAUGACUAAUGCAAUGGUUUGCACUGCAGAACAGGCUCAUACUUAAUGGCCUGUGCCAGAAAGCUGGCCAGGGCCAAGAUGUGGUGCACAGCUACUUUUACAAACAACUCCACCCCUUGGGUACGGGUUCCUCUGCAGCGGGCGGCAGGGUCUGGCACAGCCUACCCACAUUUGAUGAAUUGCCACAGUGCCACUUUCCUCCAGGCAUACUUACCUUUUAACUGACUCCACGCUCUUUCUCAGCCACUGUUUCCUAGGUCCUGGGAAACUAAAAAAUUUCUUCAAAGGUCAGCUAAAGGUCUCUCCUCUGGCUGUUGAUAUUUCUAGCUUAAUCCAAAGCUUACUUUGAACCCAAGCUAGCAGAUUGUCAGUAUGGGCAGAAGGUCAAGAACUGCAAGCACUCAAGCUGCUAAUGCAGUGGGGACCUGGCCACUCAGCGCUGCUAAUACAAGCAUGCUGGAGUGCUAAUCUAAUCAGUUCCUGAAGCUCGAGUGUUAUUUUGCAAUGUGACUCCUCUCACUAGAACGCGUAUCAGCAUUUAAAACCAUUUGCCAGCUAACUCACAACUCCAAACCUCAUUCCUUUGCUCUAGAUGCUGGUCCCAGAACAAGGCACCCAGCUUAGGUCGCUGGGAUCUGUGGAGUAAAUCUCAAAAUCUCAGCUGCUUCCCAUAAAGUUAUGAGUUUAUGUGAAUGAGAGGUCAUGGCUAUGACCAGGACAGCGGCUACUGUGACCUAUGUUGCAGAAACACGCAGAUAGAAGGGACGCGGUCAGCCGGGCCGGCCACUUGUCAUAACCGUGGUGCAGGGCGGGCCUGGAGACGUGUCUGUUUUUACAAAGCACAGAGAAAUGGGAAGAGGCUUGAUAAAUAGUUCCUAGUGCAAUGCUAGUCAUCAGCAUCAGGAUUAAUUGCGCAGAGCACGAUAAUGAAUGUGGUUUAUAUCAAUCAGCUCACCAAAGCUGAAGGAGUUGUUCCAAAUGCACACGCAAAUGAGUGAGGGGAACACCUUGCACAACAGCUUAGGUGACUUGCUCAUUUCUAAGACCUUGGCAUUCAGCGAUGGACCUGGGGAAGAGGCUGCUUCGAACUGCUGCCUGAAAUGAAGUCUAAACCUUCACACACUGUCCAGACCCCUGUGCUUUAAUACAGGAUCUGUUUUAAGCCCUCCUUUGCAUCUUUCACUCUGCAGACAUCAGAAAUCUAUUAAUACAGGAGGAGAAGAACUUAAAAAAUGGACUUCUUAAGUUAGGCUCUCUGUCCAUACUGGGGGCACUGAAAACAAACAAUUUGCUUCUGGUUUUCAUGAGUGCUGAGUACUUACUGAAUGCCAUGAAAACAUCUGAGGCCAUUUAUUUGGCUUCUGAUUUAUUGGCCUCAUGAACCUGAUUUUAUGAACUACUUUUUUAAGCUCAGCAAAAGCUCUUAUCACCAAGGGUCCUCCACAAAAUGAUGUGACUUUGUAGGGGGUGAGUCAUGGUCAGUGUCAAGAUGCUGCCAGUCCUGACCUCUUCACUUAAAAGGCUCCGUAUUUACACUGCUGCCUUUUCAACCCUGCUCAGGCAGUAAACCGGCAGCAAUCCUGACUUGCGUACCCACUGUCCGGCUGUCACGGGCUGACAGGUGACUGUGCCUCUCUCCUGGAGGCUUUUGGGCUAAACCACAUGAUCAUUCUUUACCUUUCUGAACCUGCGUGUGACAAUGAAGCCUCCCAGAGGCACUGACAGAAAGAAACAUGUUCUGGCUAUUUAUAGGUGUCAAUAAGAUCCAGUUUCCAGCUGGAAUACUAAGCAGAGGUUUGGAAUCUGCCUCCUUCCUAGACAGCUCCUGGAGUUGCUCACAUCCUGGGCUUCCUGGACCUUCCCGACAUUUUGAGGUGAAGCAGCAGAGCUGGUGAUGUAUGAUGUGUUCCCUGAUGGGGAAUACUAACUCAUGCCCUCAGUUUCCUGCAGUGGGACUCCCCUCUUUGAUCACUCCUUAGAGAUUAAAUGCCACGAUUUAGAUUACUGGGGCUCCAGUGCUAUUUCUGAAGGGCUUGUUCUCAGCAGUACAAACCAUAUGCUUACAGAAACUUUGACGCUUUUAAAUUAACAAAGUUAUUUCAUUUCUGUCAGCACCCUGCUGUUGCUUUGAGACUGCGCUAAAAUGGAAAGCUUGCUCAUUAAUUACGUCAAAAAUCAAGGUUUAAUUACAAUGCCUCUGAGUUAAAUUUCAAGCCAUUCAAACUUCCAGGGCCAUACAGGAGACAGACAAUCAUACCCCUAGCAAGUUAAUCCUUCAAAAAAGAUGAUGAUGAUGAUGAUUAACGUUAUUGAUUUCCCAGCAGCAGUAUUUCAACUUGCAAACACAGAGCCUGCUAACUGGAGUGUGCAGAAGCCAGUGUCGUACCUGUCCAGCCAUCUGUGGGCCAGGGACCACCUGGAACACAACUGCAAGAGUGAGUCUGUGUUCCUGCAAGGAGAGGAGGAGUACAACCAGGCUUCAUUACACAGCUCCAGAGAAUACACACAGCCAUCCAACUGGGCGCACAUCCUUCACCAUGGGUGAGGUAAAGAUGAUAUGGCAGGGACACAAAGUUCCUCAUUGCACCUUGGAACACGAGAGAACAACAGUGACACAGCCUGAAGCGUGCUGUGCAGCAUCCCGCUGACCACUGCUGCCUUGGUACAGGGCUUCCCCCAUCGCGUGUCUGCCCCGUACCACUGCCAUCCUGACCGGGGACUGGGGCAGGUCUGACCCGCACCCUGACCUGAGAUCCAUCUCCUUGUACGGGGAUGCUAACACAUCAGAAACAAGAAACCGAAGCUAAAAGAGUAUUUGUUGCAGGAUUAUACACUCAGCUAACACAGGUAAGGAUGUGAUACUUUUGGAUCUUGUCCAUACUUUACUUGUGUAAAUCAAGUGUCUGUUUCUGAAGAAACAGUAGCGAAAGCAGAAGUUAAUGCUUACUCCUAAUGUGAACAAUGUAUAUUAGUUGCAGUCAUUUAUAUUGCAAUAGGUCUGUAGUCACUGUCACCCUGCCAGUAAUGUUUACUGUCUUCUUCACAACAAUGUAAAUGACAAUCCUAAAUGUGAGAUACACAAGGACUUUGUUUUCUGAAAGCCUUAUCUUGCUUUUGUCGAACAUGUAUUACCUGCUGAACCUGAGUGCUAGAGAUCUAUGGAAUUAGACCUGUACCAGCUAAUCAGUGGUCUUGUUUGAAAACUGAUUUACAGUUCUUAGCAAACCUAAACCACGUCAUCUAGCAGCCUUAUUCCAACCGAAGAAGCAGCACACUCUUUUUGCAAGAGGUGAAAGACACCUUACCAGAAAGGCAUCAGUCUAGGUAAAAUUGCCAGUCUCCAAACUGCAGCAAUUCUGCACGGCAAUUGAGGCAGGAGUGAAAGUACCAAUAAAAAAUAUGAGCCAGAUGAAAUGAUUUGCCACUUAUAGGAGAAACAGGCAAUAAAAAUAAUCUUUCCCUACUGGUUCAAUUUCACUCCUGCAGCACAGUUUGAAUAUAAACUAAUAUAAAUGUGCCUUUUCCAGAGCAACUGUUCUUACAGAGAUUUAACUUGGCUUCAUUUGAAGUAACCCAUUUGCAGGCCAAGCACCACGAGAAGCUUUUAAAUAUUACAUUAAUGUAAAAGAUGACAAAUAAUGAUGGUUUAGAUAUAAAUAAGUUCACAGACCAAUAGAGGGCAAGGUACUCCGAGUAAAUUGCAAAGCUAUAUAGGUCCAUGCUGUGUAAUGAGAUAGUUCUGGAACUGAGAGCAUGAGAAACAGAGGGACCAAGGUUAACCAAGAUAGCUUUAGUCUCUGCUCGUGUUCCCCAGCCCCCUUCUCCAGGCAUGAACAAGGGGGGAUGCCCUGUGGUGAUAGCAGAUGUGUGUGCAGUUUGUUAUUUUAAGUAGAAAAGUCUUCAUUAAGUGAACCGGAUAACAGCGAACACAUCUACCCAGGACUUCUAGCACAUAAAAGCUAGCGCAUUAAACUCAGCAGUACCUUAAGUGAGUAUUAUCAACUCAAACCUUGCCUGCAUAAAAAAGUUGUAACACUUUAAUUAUGAUUAACUAUACCAAUACUACACUCCUAGCAUGUCCACCGUUACGCAAGACUAAAGAUACUACUUGUAUACCAGUAUUGGUGAUACAAGCAGGGGAAUAUACGAAUUAGUAUAAAACCCAUUUAAUAAAUGGUUUCACAGGAAAAGCAAAUGGAGGUAUUGGGCCUUUGGGCUUUAAACUCAUGCUUUCAGGGAAUUCACAGUCAUUCCCCUAACACAUUUCUGGAUCAGACAGGAUUGUCUGGGUGAUUUUUUGAACCUUCUUUUGAGAGACUGCCCAUGCUCAGAUAAUGAUCUGAGCAUGUACACAAGCCACCUUCUGCCUGGGAGUCAUGUAAGUGUGGCAAUGAAUCAUGGAAUAAUUUGGAGGUCACCAGGCUUGGCAUCCUACCCAAAGCAGGGCAAACUUUGAAGUUAGAGCCAGUCUGAGCAAAGAGGUGACAUUAGCUUGAGCUCAGCACUGUGUAAUUCAGGAUUAACUGGAACUGAUGUAUGUCUGGCAGGCUUCAGGCAAGGUUGGAGCAGGCACACCGUUGUCUCCACCUCACUCCGUUGAUAUGCCUGCUAUGUCCUAAGAACACAUGGAAGGGUUUUGCAAUUUUCUGCUCCUAGGCUAAACAGAGAAAGAUAUUGGCAUUGGCAAAACAAACAAACAAAAAAAGCAGAGGGACAGAAAGGGCCCUUUUAACACAAGGCAUGUGUUCUGAGGCAGGAGAGACUAAUGCCAUGACAAACUACCAAUUUGGAAAACAACUUUAACAGCCAUCAGUAGAUCCUGUGAUAACUUGGCGCAAACAAAAAAUAGUUAAAGAUGUAAUUAAAAGGUUAAAUGCUGAAAAACUGCAAGGAAGCAAACAAGGAGGGAUACUGAAAACUUGCUAUGAUUAGAGGAGUGAUAAACAACACCAACUUUUUCAGCAGAAACAUGGGAGUAGGAAAAUCCUUCAGACAGUGGGAAAAUGCCAAUAAAAUCAAACUGCAACACCGGGAAGAGCGUUGCCCUUUGUGGGGCUGGGCGGGUUCCUCUGCUGCAUGUCUCAGGCAGAGUAAAGGAAGAAACUGAGCUAGAGCUAAGGAAAAAGCCAGGGAAAUUGCAGACAGAAAAUAUCUGCCAUACCCUCACUAUAAGACAGGUAGUUCAAGAAAGCAAUAAAUGCUGAAGGCUGCUCCUCACAGCCCUCAGAAAGGAGAGGAUUAGAUCUCUUCCCUAUCCCAAUCUACUCUGGAGCAUGCUGAAGCAUUGUGUUGGGGCAAGGAAAAUAACCAAACAUGACAGGGUGCAAUGUCAAGGUGCACUUCGCACUGUUAAAGUAAACAUGCACUUGGGUGGCUGCUGUAAGAGAAACACUGAUGACAGACAAGGUCCUCUCGCUUCUUUUGCCUGAUAUCAUCAUUGACUAUGCUCUCAGAAAACCCAUCAGUGGAUACAGCAGCCAGCAGCACCUGGUUCAACCUUCAUGCAAAGGUUUUGUUGGCAUUAUGAUUCACUGUACAUGCACAGGAUGAAAAGCAGGCAGCAGCAAAGGAAAUCAGAUGAAACCUAGCUGUGAAAACAUAUAUAUAAUGAGAAUCUCAGCUUCUUUGAAUCCCAUCUGCACAUGAGGGCACACAAACUCAAAUCAGUUCUUGUGUCUUGACAGUGGUGUACAAGGUAGUGGGGUAAAAACAUACAAGCCAAUGGUGGCAGCUGCUGCCCCAAGGUUAGCAAGACUUGUUCAUUGAAGACCUACAGCCCUCCAAGGCAAACUGCAAACCUUCAGUGCUAGUUAUUUCUAUCUUCACAUCUGGGUGUGAAAGCUGGAAAUACCUUAAGAAUCAGGACAAACGUGUAAGGGCUGUCUCUAUUCAGGCCACCUAUAAAUGAGUCCUCCCAGUGCUUCCCGUGGUGAUGGGGUUAGCAGGUGAUGGAGGCUUGUCCAGGGAAGCUGCCACAUAAGAAGUCAGUGUCUGGCAGCCCCACAAUGCAUGCAGUCUGAAUGCCACCCUAUAUGCCUUCAGAGCUAGGCCCUGAGCAGAAUCCUAGCUAUUAACACUCUUUCACAAAUAUAAUGAAAUUUAACAAACUGAAGGUAGUGCAAAGAGCACUGUGCAACAAGCAGAGAUGGCAGAGCUGUGCUCAUUCCCUGUACAUGUUGGAUAGAACAGAAAAUGUUCACAUCCAGAAAAGAGAAAUGAAUUAAUCAAUUACAAGAGAUAAAUUCUACUAAAGACAAUAUGAAUGUUGCAGCCCAUUAAUUUCAGCAGGAAGUUCGGAUAUUAAAUUAUUGAGUCUGGGCACAAGUCCACUUAAAAUAAUACAAAUAAUCGGGAGGUCAAUUAACCACUGUAAAGGUCACUAAGGCUUAGAGGUGCAGCAGCAGAAGAUCCCUUACUCCUCCUGAGCAGCAGCUUUGUUCAUAAAUUACUGUGUAAUUGUUGCAGAUCCACGGUGAAUGGUGCCAGCAGCCAGGGAACUGCUGAGAGUCUUUGCACGGGGAAAAUGACAUGACUGAAGUGGAUAGACUGAAAACAGGGGAGAAGAAAAUAGCAUACAUGGUUCCCUCAGGGAUGGGAUCUCUUUCUGCACAAGUGUUUGGAGAAGGGACAUGACUGCUAAAUAGUGCUGGAAUUUUCUCUGCAGCUCUAAGAAAUGUUGUUCCUUCGUCUCAGCCCAGGCUCUGUGUGCUCCUCUCUCCCUGGCCGUGUCGCCACAAGUCACUGCAUGAAGCUGGCUGUGAAUGUGUGGCAUCUGCUCCAGCCAGUACAGCCUACCACUGCCCACCUCACACAGGGCAGGUCAAAGUCUCGCUCCUUAGGACUGUCACAAUGCAUCUAGUACUGCUGUAUCAGAUAUUGCAUUUUGAUCCCCAAACCACCAGAGAGUUACACUUCCAGGAGACAACAGCCCAAAAAGAAGCCAGAGAAGAGCUGGAAAUGAAAUACUCCCCAGCUAGGGAAUUAAGUUCCAGGGCAGAUUUUAAGAAAUACUGCAAAUUACUCUUCUCCAAAAAAACCUUUCUAGUGCAAAGUACUGAUACCUCUUCAAGCCCUUUUUAUACACAUCCUCCUGUCAACACUGAUGAAACAUCCUACCCAAGGCAAUGAUUCUCACACGUGACACUAAGCAGAUACUCUAUGAAAUCCACUGCUUUUGAUAUUGGUAUUUUGUAAGAAGGCAUUUCAGUAAUGCUAACACGAAGGGCAAUGAAUAGUAUUUGACAGUAUUUAGAAUGCAACAGAAGUAACAUGCUUGCAUUCCCUGAACUCCUUUGUUUUAUGUUGCAAGAAGAACUCUGUAACAAACUUACAUCAGACUAGCUGUUCAGCAAAAAGCAUGUAGAUUGACCUUACUGCUACUUUCAAGUUGUACUCUGUAUGCAAGGCAGACUAUUUCCUGCAGAAAUAAAUAAACCAGACUACAACAUUACCUCUAGCAAGGAUAUGAAGUAGAAUAUGCUUAAAGAAAAGAAACUGGCACUAUUUUCUUACA